GGUGCUGGGCCCUGGGCUUCUACCCUGCUGAGAUCUCUGUGACCUGGCAGAGGGAUGGGCAGGAUCUGAUUCAGGACAUGGAGCUGGUGGAGAUCAGACCUUCUGGGGAUGGAACCUUCCAGACGUGGGCAGCUGUGGUGGUGCCUUCCGGGGAGGAGCAGAAAUACACAUGCCAAGUGGACCAUGAGGGGCUGACACAACCCCUUACCCUGAGAUGGGAGCCUCCUGAGUCCACUGUCCCCAUCGUGACAAUCAUUGCUGUCCUGGGUCUCCUUGGAGCUGCGGCCAUCAUUGGAGCUGUGGUGGCUGUUGUGAGGAGGAGGAGAAUCACAGGUGGAAAGGGAGGGAUCUAUACUCCAGCUCCAGGCAGGGACAGUGCCCAGAGCUCUGAUGUGUCUCUCCCAGACUGUAAAGCGUGAAGACAGCUGCCCGGCCUGACAGAGUGACAGAGAUGUGCUCAGGUCUCUCUUGUGUCGUCCUGAGCCCCUCAGUUAACUCUCAGCAACAAGUCUGAUGUUCCCUGUGACCUUAGGGGCUCCAUGUGAAGACCUGGGAGCCCAGCCACCCCUGCACACC